AUGCGCCUUGCACUUCAAACACUAUUUCAGGUCGAUGGCGAUAAUUACGAAUACGCUUACAGUGUGGAUCAACCGGACUCUAAUUUUGGACAAAUCGAGGCCAAAGAAGGAAAAGAUGUGGUUGGUGCUUACGAGGUAUCCAAUGCCCACGGCCAACAACAAUCCAUAAGUUAUUCGGUCAGUGAUAACUCUGGUUUCAACGCCAAUGUAACUUACAAACAUCCCGACGGAUACAUGUACAGUUAUCACGAGAACAUUGAGAACCCUGAGGCUCUAGGCGAUUCCUUAAGAUCCUCCUACCAAUAUGCCCAUUCAACAUCGACAUUAGCUUAUGACACCCCAUCAUCCCCACCUCAUGACGGCUCCUACUCUCCUACAUAUGGAGUACCACCAAAUGUUCCUGAGCAAUCAUAUGGUGUUCCAGAUGUACAACCUUCAAUCAACCAUCGGGGUAGUACAGGCUCUUCUUCUAGUACGGGAUACAGACCACCUACUCCAGGAUAUGGAGUUCCCCAUGGUGGCACUCAUCUCUCGUCCACGACCGAAGGAUCUAAGUUUGGUUUGGCUAAUCUAGGGUAUCAGAAUCCAUCCUCUUCUACUAGACCUUUCGCAAUUGAGCCUCCGAUUCUCGAUUAUACUUAUGACGAAUAUGAUUUAGACGCAACAACAGCAACCACCGAGGUCGUCACAGAACUAUCGACCACGUCCCUGGACACCACCACGCUCACUCCAGAGCUUCUAGAAUUCGACGAAACCACCGUGGGAACGGAGGAAACGACAACAAUCGCUACGACCACGAUAGCUACAACGACCGUGGCCGAGACCACGGUGGCCGAGACCACGGUGUCCGAGACCACGGUAGCCGAGACGACUGUGGCGGAGACAACAGAAGCCGUGACUACGGCAGCACCUGAGACCACGACUGUACCUGAAACUACGCCAGCGGCAGAGACAACCCCAGUCCCUGAGACCACUGCAGCUCCCGAAGAAGGCAAGGGAGAAAAUCUCAAUCUACUGAUCACUCCCAGUCAAGAGGAAAUCGACUUGGAAGAUCGAUUGUCAUCAAUAGCCUUAACCGUGACCAGUCAGGGCGCACAAGACGCAGCCCUCGCCGCAAUUCUGGCAAAUCCUCAACUCGCUCAGCUUUUGAUCUCUCAAAUUCAGCUAGAAGAGGAAAAGCAAAGGCAGGAAGAAACUCUCGUAACGGUCGAAAAAAUGGUCCUAAACGCAACCGACAAUCUCAUCGUUCAGCUACAGGCCUUCAACGAAGGGGUCGUUCAGGAAGAAGAAGGAGUGGCGCCAAUUUUGCCCCCUUUGCUGCAAACGCUUCAAGUCCUUCUGACCGCUCCUCGCGCCGUUCAAGUUCAAACAAGUCCACAGGUUCAGGUGUCCGUCGAGGUAGAAUCGGUAACAGGCAGUCCUCCAACAGACGAUCUCGAAGGGGAAAUCGAGGACGCAAUCGAAGAGGCCGUGGCAAGCAGUUCCAGAAGAAAGCGAAAGGGAAGCAAUCAAGGCGUUCAUCCGGAAAGGGGAAGCGGGUCCAGAAAAAAGGCCGGAGGCAAGGAAGAAAGGCUCAGAACGGAAAAGCCGAGAGAGGGAACAAAUUUUCGCCGGGGAGGAAGAAGAACCGCAAGAAUGGACGGAACAUCAAUCGCAAAGGACGUCGCAAUGGGAAAAAUAGGGGACGUCAGGGAAAAAAACUUAAGAGGAAACAACGAAAAGGUGGACGGAGGAAUGGAAGAAAGCUACAAAAGAAACAAAGGAAACAUGGACGGAGGAAUGGAAGAAAGCUACAAAAGAAACAAAGGAAACAUGGACGAAGGAAUGGAAGAAAAUUUCAGAAGAAACAACGGAAGAAUGGGCGAAGAAAUGGUAGGAAGCUUCAGAAGAAACAAAGGAAACAUGGACGGAGGAAUGGAAGCAAGUUUCAGAAGAAGCAACGGAAGAAUGGACGAAGGAAUGGCAGGAAGCUUCAGAAGAAACAACGGAAGAAUGGACGGAGGAACGGAAGAAAGCUCCAGAAGAAACAAAGGAAACAUGGAAGGAGGAAUGGAAGAAAGUUACAGAAGAAGCAACGGAAGAAUGGACGAGGAGGACCUGGUGCAAGGCGCCAAAACAAGAACAAAAGAAACGGUAAGAAACUUCAGCAGAAACAACGGAGAAAUGGACGCAGAAAUGUUACAAAGUCAAGACAUCAAAAACGGAAAAAUGGCCGCAGGAAUGGGCGUAAACUUCAGAAGAACCGACGUGGGAAUCGAAAAAAUCGCCCAGGGAAUGGGCGAAACCUUCAAAAGAAAAACCGCAAAAACCGAAGCGGCAAGAAGGCUUCAAAGAACCAUCGCAGAGGAAGAAAGGGCGGCCAGAGAGCCAAGAAACAGAAACGCCAGGGCAAACGCACUUCCAAAGGAGGCAAACACCAGCGAAGGAAUGGGCAUGGGAAAAAAGCUGGUCAUGGCCGCCGCCAAGGCCGUGCUAAGGGCGGAAGACGAAGCCAACGCAAUCACGGCUGAACGAUUGGAGGAUCAAACCCUUCCGAAUCGAUGUAAAGUUCUGCAAAUGUUGGGAAUUCUUUGGCUGGCACCAUUCUGCCACCAAGACGUACUGCAUCGAUACUCAAAAUGAUGGCGGUGGUGGGAAUUUGUCUGAUUCUGUCUAAUUCUAUAAGUCAUUUAUUUAUUUAUCUCAUUUUUCUUGUUCGCCUUUUAUGUUCUGCUCUUUGAGCGCCUGUGAUUGCUCAGUUCUUGCAAUAAAUUGAUCACUUGGUUUGGGA